GGGCUUCUGGGACCCGGACAGCCCGCGCACACUGCAGGAGCUGCCGCCGCCGCAGCCCGCGCCUUUAAGGUCUCACCGCUUCCUCAGCAGAGACCUGGACUCAGCCGCCAUGUCCGCCACGGAGGAGGUUGACGGGCUGGGCGUGUCCCGGCCGCACUAUGGCUCUGUCCUGGAUAAUGAGAGACUCACUGCAGAGGAGAUGGAUGAAAGAAGACGUCAGAAUGUGGCCUACGAAUACCUUUGUCAUUUGGAAGAAGCAAAGAGGUGGAUGGAAGCAUGUCUCGGGGAAGAUCUGCCUCCCACCACAGAACUGGAGGAGGGGCUGAGGAAUGGAGUCUAUCUCGCCAAGCUAGGAAACUUCUUCUCUCCCAAGGUGGUGUCCCUGAAAAAAAUCUAUGAUCGAGAGCAGACCAGAUACAAGGCAACUGGCCUCCACUUUAGACACACUGAUAAUGUGAUUCAGUGGUUGAAUGCCAUGGAUGAGAUUGGAUUGCCUAAGAUUUUUUAUCCAGAAACUACAGAUAUCUAUGAUCGAAAGAACAUGCCAAGAUGUAUCUACUGUAUCCAUGCACUCAGCUUAUACCUAUUCAAACUAGGCCUGGCUCCUCAGAUUCAAGACCUGUAUGGAAAGGUUGACUUCACAGAGGAAGAAAUCAACAACAUGAAGAUUGAACUGGAGAAGUAUGGGAUCCAGAUGCCUGCCUUCAGCAAGAUCGGGGGCAUCCUGGCUAAUGAACUCUCAGUGGAUGAAGCUGCAUUACAUGCCGCCGUUAUUGCUAUUAAUGAAGCUGUUGACCGUAGAAUUCCAGCUGACACGUUUGCAGCUUUGAAAAACCCCAAUGCCAUGCUUGUAAAUCUUGAAGAGCCCUUGGCUUCCACCUACCAGGAUAUACUCUACCAGGCCAAGCAGGACAAAAUGACAAAUGCUAAAAACAGGACAGAAAACUCUGAGAGAGAGAGGGACGUUUAUGAGGAGCUGCUCACUCAAGCUGAAAUUCAAGGCAAUAUAAACAAAGUCAAUACAUUAUCUGCAUUAGCCAAUAUAGACCUGGCUUUGGAUCAGGGAGCUGCUCCGGCCUUGUUCAGGGUUCUGCAGUCCCCGGCGUUGGGCCUUCGAGGACUGCAGCAGCAGAACAGCGACUGGUACCUCAAGCAGCUGCUAAGUGAGAGACAGCAGAAGAGACAGAGUGGCCAGGCUGAUCCCCUGCAGAAGGAGGAGCUACAGGCUGGAGUGGACGCCGCCAACAGCGCCGCUCAGCAGUACCAGAGAAGGCUGGCAGCCGUGGCAGCGAUUAAUGCUGCCAUCCAGAAGGGUGUGGCGGAGAAGACUGUUCUGGAACUCAUGAAUCCCGAAGCCCAGCUGCCCCAGGUGUAUCCGUUUGCUGCCGAUCUGUAUCAGAAAGAGCUGGCUACCCUGCAGCAACAGAGUCCGGAACAUAGCCUCACCCACCCCGAGCUCUCCGUUGCAGUGGAGAUGUUGUCGUCAGUGGCCCUCAUCAACAGGGCACUGGAGUCUGGAGACAUGAACACUGUGUGGAAACAGCUGAGCAGUUCAGUUACAGGCCUUACCAAUAUUGAAGAAGAAAACUGUCAGAGGUAUCUUGAUGAGCUAAUGAAGCUGAAAGCUCAGGCACGUGCAGAGAAUAACGAAUUUAUCACCUGGAAUGACAUCCAAGCUUGUGUGGACCAUGUGAAUCUGGUGGUGCAGGAGGAACACGAGAGGAUUUUAGCCAUCGGUUUAAUUAACGAAGCCCUGGAUGAAGGCGAUGCCCAAAAGACUCUGCAGGCCCUGCAGAUUCCUGCAGCUAAACUUGAGGGCGUCCUGGCAGAAGUGGCCCAGCAUUACCAGGACACACUGAUCCGGGCAAAGAGAGAAAAAGCCCAGGAAACCCAAGAUGAGUCAGCUGUGUUAUGGUUGGAUGAAAUUCAGGGUGCAGUCUGGCAGUCCAACAAAGACACCCAAGAAGCACAGAGGUUUGCCUUAGGAAUUUUUGCCAUUAAUGAGGCCGUGGACAGUGGUGACAUUGGUAAAACACUGAGUGCCCUGCGUUCCCCUGACGUCGGCUUGUACGGAGUCAUCCCUGAGUGUGGUGAAACUUACCAGAGUGACCUGGCCGAAGCUAAGAAGAAAAAACUGGCAGCAGGAGAUAAUAACAGCAAGUGGGCAAAGCACUGGGUGAAAGGUGGAUAUUAUUAUUACCACAAUCUGGAGACCCAGGAAGGAGGAUGGGAUGAACCACCAGGCUUUGUGCAAAAUUCUAUGCAGCUUUCUCGGGAGGAAAUCCAGAGUUCCAUUUCUGGAGUGACUGCUGCAUAUAACCGAGAACAGCUUUGGCUGGCCAAUGAAGGCUUGAUCACCAAGCUGCAGGCUUGCUGCCGUGGAUACUUAGUCCGACAGGAAUUCCGGUCCAGGAUGAAUUUCCUGAAGAAACAAAUCCCUGCCAUCACCUGCAUUCAGUCGCAGUGGAGAGGAUACAAGCAGAAAAAGGCGUAUCAAGACCGUUUAGCGUACCUGCACUCCCAUAAAGACGAGGUGGUAAAGAUUCAGUCCCUGGCGAGGAUGCAUCAAGCCAGAAAGCGCUAUAGAGAUCGCCUGCAGUAUUUCCGAGACCACAUAAACGACAUUAUCAAAAUCCAGGCUUUUAUUCGGGCAAACAAAGCUCGUGAUGACUACAAGACUCUCAUCAAUGCUGAGGAUCCGCCGAUGGUCGUGGUCCGGAAAUUUGUCCACCUGCUCGACCAGAGUGACCAAGAUUUUCAGGAGGAGUUGGAUCUUAUGAAGAUGCGGGAAGAGGUCAUCACCCUCAUUCGUUCCAACCAACAGCUGGAGAAUGACCUCAAUCUCAUGGAUAUCAAAAUCGGGCUGCUAGUGAAAAAUAAAAUCACACUGCAGGAUGUAGUUUCCCACAGUAAAAAACUUACCAAAAAAAAUAAGGAACAGUUGUCCGACAUGAUGAUGCUAAACAAACAGAAAGGAGGUCUCAAAGCUUUGAGCAAGGAGAAGAGAGAGAAACUGGAAGCUUAUCAACACUUGUUUUAUUUAUUGCAGACCAACCCCACCUAUCUGGCCAAGCUGAUUUUCCAGAUGCCCCAGAACAAGUCCACCAAGUUCAUGGACUCUGUGAUCUUCACUCUCUACAACUAUGCAUCCAACCAGCGAGAGGAAUACCUGCUCCUGCGGCUCUUUAAGACCGCCCUACAGGAGGAAAUCAAGUCAAAAGUAGACCAGAUUCAGGAGAUUGUGACGGGAAAUCCUACAGUUAUUAAGAUGGUUGUGAGUUUCAACCGUGGUGCCAGAGGCCAGAAUGCCCUGAGACAGAUCCUGGCCCCAGUCGUGAAGGAGAUUAUGGAUGACAAGUCUCUCAACAUCAAAACUGACCCCGUGGACAUUUACAAGUCGUGGGUUAAUCAGAUGGAGUCUCAGACAGGAGAAGCAAGCAAACUGCCCUAUGACGUGACUCCUGAGCAGGCUCUAGCUCAUGAAGAGGUCAAGACACGUCUGGACAACUCCAUCAGGAACAUGCGGGCCGUGACAGACAAGUUCCUCUCCGCCAUCAUCAGCUCAGUGGACAAAAUCCCCUACGGGAUGCGCUUCAUUGCCAAAGUGCUGAAGGACUCGCUGCACGAGAAGUUCCCUGAUGCUGGUGAGGAUGAGCUGCUGAAGAUCAUUGGCAACUUGCUUUACUAUCGAUACAUGAAUCCAGCCAUUGUCGCUCCUGAUGCCUUUGACAUCAUUGACCUGUCGGCAGGAGGCCAGCUUACCACAGACCAGCGCCGAAAUCUUGGCUCCAUUGCAAAGAUGCUCCAACAUGCAGCUUCCAAUAAGAUGUUUCUGGGAGAUAAUGCUCACUUAAGCAUCAUUAAUGAGUAUCUUUCCCAGUCCUACCAGAAAUUCAGACGGUUUUUCCAAACUGCUUGUGAUGUCCCAGAGCUUCAGGAUAAAUUCAAUGUGGAUGAGUACUCUGACCUAGUGACCCUCACCAAACCAGUGAUCUACAUUUCCAUUGGUGAAAUCAUCAACACUCACACGCUCCUGUUAGAUCACCAGGACGCCAUUGCUCCGGAGCACAAUGAUCCAAUCCACGAGCUGCUGGACGACCUUGGCGAGGUGCCCACCAUUGAGUCCCUGAUAGGAGAAAGCGCUGGCAAUUUAAAUGACCCAAAUAAGGAGGCGCUGGCUAAGACAGAAGUGUCUCUCACACUGACCAACAAGUUUGAUGUGCCUGGGGAUGAGAAUGCAGAAAUGGAUGCUCGGACCAUCUUACUUAACACAAAACGUUUAAUUGUGGAUGUCAUCCGGUUCCAGCCGGGAGAGACCUUGACUGAAAUCCUAGAAACACCAGCCACCAGUGAACAGGAAGCAGAACAUCAGAGGGCCAUGCAGAGACGUGCUAUCCGUGACGCCAAAACUCCUGACAAGAUGAAAAAGUCAAAAUUUGUAAAGGAAGACAGCAACCUCACUCUGCAGGAGAAGAAGGAAAAGAUCCAGUCAGGCCUGAAGAAGCUAACGGAGCUUGGGACCGUGAACCCAAAGAACAAAUACCAGGAACUAAUCAACGACAUUGCCAGGGAUAUUCGGAAUCAGCGGAGAUACCGCCAGAGGAGAAAGGCUGAGCUGGUGAAACUGCAGCAAACAUACGCUGCUCUGAACUCUAAGGCCACCUUUUACGGAGAGCAGGUGGAUUACUAUAAAAGCUAUAUCAAAACCUGCUUGGAUAACUUAGCCAGCAAGGGCAAGGUCUCCAAGAAGCCUAGGGAAAUGAAAGGAAAGAAGAGCAAAAAGAUUUCUCUUAAAUAUACAGCAGCAAGACUACAUGAAAAAGGAGUCCUUCUGGAAAUUGAGGACCUACAAGCGAAUCAGUUUAAAAAUGUUAUCUUUGAAAUCAGUCCAACAGAAGAAGUUGGAGACUUUGAAGUGAAAGCCAAAUUCAUGGGAGUUCAGAUGGAGACGUUUAUGCUACAUUAUCAGGACCUGCUGCAGCUACAGUAUGAAGGAGUUGCAGUCAUGAAAUUAUUUGAUAGAGCUAAAGUAAAUGUCAACCUUCUGAUCUUCCUUCUCAACAAAAAGUUCUACGGGAAGUAACUGAUCAUUUGCUGCCAGCACAGAAGGAUGAAGGAAAGAAGUGCUUCACGGUUACCUUCCUAGGGCCCUUUUUUACCCACUGGAAGCAGAGACCCAACCCACACGGUGCUCGAUACACUCCCAAUGCCACAUCUUUAACUCUUCCCUCUCUGACUGGACAUUUGUAGCCCCCUUUUCAUAGCGAGAUUGUAUUUCAGGCUUAGUCUGACCCUUCUUAUUCCUUCAUUUUCUUCUGUCACUUAGGAAGGAGUGGGAACUUGACCAAAACCUAUCUGUGUUGUUUAUAAUGGUCUUAGAGGUUGCAUUACUAUAUUGUAAGCUUUGGUGUUUGUUUUAAUCUGCAUUAGGGAUGGUGGGAUUUGAAUUCUUGUUAUUUAGAAGUGGAAGCUGUUAGCACCAAUGACAUACAUUGAUAUAAGACACAAUCAAAAUGUCAGAUUACCCGUAGUUCUUCGGCUGUCAUUUAAAAGUGAAGUUCCUUCACAGUAAAACGGAAGGAUGUGGGGUAUCAUCGCUCCUCUUCUGUUUUGUUUCCCUUUAUAGGCAGGAGCUAAUAGAAGCCACUGUACUGUGUUCAGAGGAAGCAUUUCUAGAAAAGGGGAUGAUAUCAUUUUUAAACUUUACCAUCAAAUUUGGACACUUCUGUUAGAGUAACUCUUGUCAUUGAAUGGUAGAGUCCCAUUGAUAAAAUUCGGCCAUUUAGGUGGAUUUAUAAUGGUCUGUGGUGUCCCUCCUCUUUGAGGUGUCUGCUUGUCUGCUUCAGUGCAGAGAUUGACUGGUUCAGGAAGAUGGCCCACUUUGUCGCUGUGAUAGAGGAAUGGGUUAGCUUAGCUUAGGAUAUAAUUUUUUUCAAAGCUGUUUUAUAUCUUAAGAGUGCCUUAUUAAAGUGUAGAUUUAUUUCUUAAAAUGUGGGUGAUAGGAAUUUUAAAGAUUUAUAUAAUGCUUCAAAGCCAUUAGAAUAUGGUAAGAAAAGGUUUUUUAAAAUGGGCUUAUCUGUAUAUCUGAACUCUUAAAACUUUCUUAUAGCUAAAACACUAGGAUUUGUCUGCAGAGUCGCAGAGAUAAUCCUGCCUUAAGUAGAUGGAAACAAAAAUAAACAGAACCAGCCAACCAACGUUACACAUGAUAUCAAGUCUGUUUCCCCAUUUUUUUCUCUCUCCUCCUGCCCACACUGCUUUUAUCUUAUGAGCUCCAGUUUUCUGGGUUUAGUCAAAAAAUUCAGUUCUAAACAUUGAAUUUCUAGGAAGUUUUUGUUCUUAGAUAAAAAGUCAUACUUUUUAAAAAAAUCUGUUUAUCCAGGAGAACAGUGAAAUCAUGCUACUGAGCCUCAAUUUUCUCUGAUAUUUUGGUUCAGUAUUCUUUUAUCACAAAACAUAAAACUUAACAAAAUAAACUAACAUCUAUAAAUUGAUCUAUGUAUAUUUAAAUACAAUAAACUGUUUUGUCAAUAACAAAUUAUGUGAUGUGUCCCUAUUACAAAUGUAAGUGCUGGAGACGUGUUUUUCAUGAUGCACUGUUUACUCAGUCAGGUCCAUGGGUGCAAAUGUACCCACUGCAGGCAGACCCCUGGCAGGUGAGGUGGGGCAUGCCACUGACGGAAGGAGUCUCCGCUACCCUGACCUCGUUUUUUGUUGUAUUUUGGAAGAUAAUUUUUUAGUAAAUAUUUUUCUUAUAUUAAAAGAAGAUGCUAUUGCAAGUAGCAUCGCCUCAGAAACUGGGACCAAUGCUUUUACCUUGAAGGAGGAUGGAUACCCAUCGCGCAUGUUUGUCAGGUUCCAAAGGCCACACCCAUGACCGACAGUGAGCUGAGUUUACAACUCCUUUAAUAAAACAUGAUGUUUCAAUUAUUUGUAAGGAUUAUAGUUCCCUUGACACAACAUUUAAUGCAAAGUAGCACAAAACGCACUUCGAGAGUUUUGAUGGUGACUAUAUAUUGAAUUGUAGUUUUAAUGACAUUGAGAAGGCCCGGGUGAACUCAAGUGGCAUUGAAACAGUGUAGUUCUUAGUCCUUUUAUUUAUUAGCUGUAGCGUUCUCCACCUUGUCUCUCUCCUUCUAUGAUCUUCUGUUCCACCAGCCAUCGUGACAUUUAUCAUGAAUUUACCUCCUCCCAAGAAUUCGGACUGCCUGCCCAUCAGAUUGUUGCCGCACACAAUUGCCUUUGUAUCUCUGUAUGAAAUAAAAGGUCAUUUGUUCA